CACCCCACCCUGCUCUUUGUCUCGUCUGCCGCGUAUAAAGCUUGCCUUUCCACCACCAGCACGUUCAACACCCUUGUCCCCUAUUCCUAUACGCAGCUUAGCACUGUCGAUACCAUCCAUAUCGUCAUACUCCUCCUGCUAUAUAGCAGUCUCCUCGUAAGCAAUCCUACUCAACACGCGUGAGCCAAUCCACAACCACAAGCAGCAUGUGUCAACGAAUCGCGGAAGGGACGCGGUGGUCCAAGUGUGGGCACUUCCAGCGUCACCUGGUCGUCGCCAUCGUGGACUGCAACACGUACAAAUGCGAGCGCAGCUACCUCCACCCAAAAGGUUGCCGGGACCCGGGAUGCAUCAAGAACUUUGGGCCCGACAUUCAAAAGGACGUCGACACCGUCAAGGACGACUGUUUCCAAUGCCGCGCCGCCGCCGCGCGCAAGGUUCCUGCAUGAUGCUCGCCACGGGCGUAAUCAUUAACGCGCGCGACGGCGCCCCGAUACCGCUGUCGUAAAUAUCCCCAUCCGCUGCGGAUGCCAUGGACCUCCUGAAUACCACCUCGCAAGGAUGCGGUCGGCGGAAAAUCUUUGCGGCUUGUCUUUCAAACGCGCGCAGGACGCGCCACCCCGUCGUCGCUCCUCCGAACCCCCCAAUGACCCCUCAGUGCUCUUCACCUCCAUAUUCCCCACCUUCUUCCCGCCUGCCUCUAGGAGUCCAUGGCCCUCGUCUCUAUACGACCUCGAACGAUCGCAUCCGCCUACGCCUCCGUUUCCAGUCUCCUGCACGGACACGCAUGCGUACCUGUAGCUAAUCGCCUAUUGUUGUCGCUGUCUGCUGCAUUCCUGUUCGCCGCUCUUCUAUCUUCGUCUAUCGCAAGCUUCUUGAGUCUCUCUGCACAUAUAUGUACACUCCAUCUGUAUGAUUAGUCGCACCGUUCGUCGCAUACCAUCCCAUACCACUGUGUCCAUGAUCCCCACGCAACCGAAUACAGUCCUCUGUCGGCUCCACUGCCAUCUGACCUUGCC